AUGAACAAUGGAUGGGGAUUUCUUGUUGAUGAAGAAAAAGGAGGCAGGUUACUUACUUUGGACACAAGUUCAAGCUUUGAAAACCUAAAGGCUAUGGUGUGUGAAGACUUUGGAAUUGAUGUAAACAUGGUCAAUAUAGAGCUGAGUUAUUUACCUUCCGAUUUGAUCAAUAGCAUCUACUCACCCCCUGUUAUCAUCACCAGUGAAAGACAAGUUCGAAAUUUUCUUACAUAUGUAAAGAACAAAGCUUCGACGCAGUUGUGUGUGAGUACUCAAGCCUCUAACAUAGCGGAAGAAGGUAGUGAGUCGCCUAACAGAGAGGAAGCGCUUAUGGAGUCUGACGAUUCAAGUGAUAUGGAUUCAGAACAAGAUGUUGAGGUACCUGACAGUGAAGAUGACAAAAAGUGUGACAAAGAAAAGAUCAAUGAAGAUGGUGUUCGCUUUUCUUUGGUAGAUGUUGUGAAGAAGGGUCAAUCUUUUACUUCCAAAACACUUUUGAAGGCAGCAUUCGAAAUAUGUGCAAUGAAAAAUAAUUUCGACUACGUGGUUGUCAGAUCGGAUAAAAAAGUAUGGUACAUUCGUUGCUCAGAUGAUGACUGCACAUGGCGUGUUCGUGCAGAGGGUUUAACAGGCUCAUCGUAUUUUAUCAUCAAAAAGUAUGUACCUGAUCAUUCAUGUGCUGCCUCCAAUAGGAAGGGUUCUGUUAGGACAGUUUCAGCAAAAACAGUGGGUACUCUGAUCAUGCAUAAGUAUGAAACUGCUAAAGAAGGACCGAGAUCGGAUGAUAUAAUCCAGUAUAUGCGUAUGGUAUAUGGAGUUGAGAUAUCCUAUUCUUUGGCGUGGGAUGCACGUGAAUAUGCAAUCAACGCAGUUAAAGGUAUUCCGGAGAAAGGUUAUGAAAAAAUUCCUAAAUACUUGCAUAUGAUGAAGGAAGCUAAUCCAGGGUCACACACAUUUUAUGAAAGGGAUACAAAAGGGAGAUUCAAAUACCUCUUCAUCUCGUUUGGUCAGAGUGUUCGCGGUUUCUAUGCUGCAAUUAGAAAAGUUAUUGUGGUGGAUGGGACUUUUUUGAAGAGCAAAUACAAAGGAGUAUUACUAGUUGCUACAGCAUUAGAUGGAAACUCGAGUUUAUAUCCUAUUGCCUUUGGAGUUGUCGACUCAGAGAAUGACCUCGCGUGGAACUGGUUUAUGAGACAACUUAAUAUGGUCAUUGCUGACGACCAUAGUUUAGCUUUUGUGUCUGAUAGGAAUUCCUCAAUUGCUAAAGCUAUUGCGAGAGUGUACCCGCAAGCUCAUCAUGGAAUUUGCAUUCACCACUUGCUGAAUAAUGUUGUAACAUAUUUCAGCGGGAAAGGUGUGGCUGGUUUGGUUGCUAAGGCUUCUAAAGCUUAUCGAGCUGCUGAUUUUCGUAAGGUCUUCACUGCUAUUUUCGCUAUUAGUCCUGAAAUUGGACAGUAUCUCAUAGAUGCCGAUGUGAGGAAGUGGGCUCGUUGUCAGUUUCCGGGUUACAGAUAUGAUAUUAGGACUACUAACCCUGCGGAGUCGAUAAAUGCAGCUUUGCGUACGCCUAGAGAGUUUCCAGUGAUACCUUUGUUGGACAGCAUUAGGGAAAUGAUGACUCGAUGGUUUUUUAAACGUAGAACUUUAAGUUCUAAGCAUUCGAAGCCACUAACCAUUGCUGUGGAGAAUAGCCAAGUUCUAAACAUUACAAAAUAG